ACGGACACAGAUAUCAACAGGGCGCUUAAAAAGUGACAUGUUACUUUUUUUUUAUGGAGAGUUGGCUAUUAAAUGACGAACUGCCUUUUGAUAGGAAUAUUGCUUGAAAUAUUAGUAUAUGAAACGUGAAGUGCUUACCGCUUACUGCCAUCGCGUAAUGGUGCACGUUUUUAAUUUUGUUAUUUCUUUAACAUGAUAGUUUGAGUGAAAUGCCGAUUUAUAUUUGUGACUGGUAGCUGUUGUUGAUCCUUUACUAAUAUGAGUUGUAAUCCUGAAGAACUCAUUGAGGAUGCCUUGACAUCCUCCACAAGAGCUGUGCAGUUUGACAGGUCAGGCCAGCAUGAAAUAGCAGCUUAUUAUUAUCGUGAAGCAGCAAGGUUCUUAAAUGUAGCAGCUGGUAGCCCAGCGGAUGCAGAGCAACAGGAAACUUGGAGGACAAAAGCACGUGAAUACGUUUGCAGAGCGAUUCAAUUAGAUAACCUCGUAUGUGCUCAACGCAAUGAAAAUACUGGCAGUUCUGAAGUCAAGCAGCAGCUUCUGAAGUGCAAGUUUUUAUUUCAUCAAGCAUUAAAUGCUGAUGAAGCAGGCCACAAAGAAGAAGCCAUUGAACUUUAUUUAAAUGCUGCAGAUCUUGGUUUGAAAGCAAGAGCAGCAGCUGUCAAUGAUCCUGUGCUCCAUGCUAAACUUACGAAGGUUACUUGCAAUGCUGUGGAACGGGCUGAGGAACUGAAAGGGAUUUCUCACAAACCAAAGGAAACUUCAGUCUCUGUCCAACCAUCUGUCCCUACAAUCCCAGAAGCAAAGAGCCCUAGUAUAUCAGUGAGAGCUUCAUCUCAAAGAGGAACUGGACCACAGCUUCAUCGUGGCAGCAGUGCACAUUUGAAAAUUACUGGACAAGAUACUUAUACAGAAGAAGAGAAACGAGUUUUAUUACAGACUUCAAAUAUAAAUGGAAAAGAAUAUGUACCAUUUAUGAAUGUUGAUUUAUCAGAACGAUUCCAGUAUUCGUUACCAUACACAGACCGUGAUGGUCCACUGCCAUUGUCACCAAAACAGCGGAAGGAUUUUGCACGAUGGGCUCGGCCAGAGGAAUUCUGCUCAGAACCAAAGAUGGUUGUUGGGUCACAUGUUGAUUGCUUCAGUAUCAAACAAACAGUCAUAUCUGACUGUUCUUUUGUUGCGUCAUUAGCUGUCAGUGCAUUGUAUGAAAAGAGAUUUGGCAGAAGCCUUAUAACAUCUAUUAUUUAUCCCCGUAAUAAGAAAAAGCAACCAGCAUACAAUCCUUUUGGUAAAUACAUGAUCAAGCUACAUAUCAAUGGAGUCCCUCGUAAAAUCAUUAUUGAUGAUAACCUUCCUCUGGGAAGAAGAGGAGAACUGCUGUGCUCAUAUUCAACAAACAAAAAUGAGUUAUGGAUUUCAUUGCUGGAAAAAGCCUACAUGAAAGUUAUGGGUGGAUAUGACUUCCCAGGAUCAAACAGUAAUAUAGAUUUACAUGCACUGACUGGCUGGAUACCUGAACGUGUGGCUAUCAGGCCCGGUGAACCUGAUUUCAACAGUGAUGCUCUAUUUGAUAAAUUGUUAACUCGCAUGUCAAAGGGUGAUGUACUUGUUACUGUGGCAACUGGAGAGUUGUCAGAUGCAGAGGCAGAUCGCACUGGACUCGUUCCCACUCAUGCUUAUGCGGUACUUGACACCAAGAAAGUGAAGGGUGUUCGUCUCCUACAACUGAAAAAUCCAUGGUCACAUCUAAGGUGGCGUGGCAACUAUUCAGAACUGGAUACAAGACACUGGACACCAGACCUUAAAGAAAUCCUAAACUUUGACCCGAACAGUGCAGCAAUGUUUGACAAUGGUGUUUUUUGGAUUGACUAUGAAAGUAUUCUUCGUUUCUAUGAUGUCUUCUACUUGAACUGGAAUCCUGGCCUUUUCAGUUACACAUACUGCAUCCACCAGUCAUGGAAAGCUGGUGCGGGCCCUGUGAAGGAUGCAUAUAAUGUUGGGGACAAUCCACAGUUUUCUCUUGAAGUAGAGGGUAACAAUGGAGCUGUGUGGAUCUUACUUACUAGACAUAUUACAGAGAUAGAAGAUUUUAAAGAAAACAGGGAGUACAUUACAGUCCUCGUGUAUAAAAAUGAUGGAAGGCGUGUGUACUAUCCUCAUGAUCCACCUCCAUUUAUUGAUGGUGUCCGUAUAAACAGUCCUCAUUAUCUCUGCAAAUUGGUCUUGACUGAAACCAGUGCUAAAAGAUAUACUUUAGUUAUUUCACAAUAUGAGAAAAUGAACACCAUCUAUUAUACUCUGAGAGCAUAUGGCACUUGCCCAUUUUCAUUGAGGAAGAUUGGUGAUCCAUAUGAGUACACCAAACAGGUUACUGGCAAAUGGGAAGGAGUGACAGCUGGUGGUUGUGCUAAUAAUCGUGAUACAUACAAUAACAAUCCAAUAUACCAAGUAAUCAUUCAGGCUGCUCAUAAUAAUACACAAAUGUUGCUUGAUCUCAAAGGGCCAAAACAGUAUCAGAUUGGUAUGGAUGUCAUAAGUGUUGUUGUAAAUGAUCCAAAUGCACCAACCGCCUUUAAACGAAAAGAUUCUGGACCAUUCAGAUCGGGAUUUGUGGUGCUUGACUUACAAGAUGUUCCUGCUGGCACAUACAAUAUUAUUCCAGCCACCUUCUUGUCUAGGCAGGAAGGACCAUUCUUUCUCACUGUGAAAUCUUCUUCACCUUUUAAACUGUCACACUUACAGUGAAAAAGAAACAUUUGCUGUCCCUUCUGAUACUAUGCACAAAUCCAGUUUGCAUUUAAAUUUUUAACUCACAUUAGUGCAGCAGAUAUUAUUUUUAACAGAUGAUUUAUACUCUGGCAGCUUAACAUAAAAAUAACCUUUUACGACUGCUUAGUAAUUCUGUAUUUUCAUGAUCAUUAACAACAAUUAAAAGAAAAGAAGACACACAGUCUCUCAUGUGUGAAUUUGAUAAUAGUACAAACUGUUGUGUAUAUCUUUUUGUUUUGGAGUGACAUCUAGAAACAUUUUCAUAUUUGGAAGUAAUAAGCCUGUAUGCAACUCUGUUGCAUACUUCAUAUUGGAUAACAUGAAUUUCCUUUGUUUUGUGAUUUCAGAAUGUUGAUUCAUAUCUGUAAGUAUCUGCUACAUGUUUCAAUUUUAUCUUAGUUUUGAUGUUUCUUUGUUGGAACAGAUUCACAGGUACUUUCAAGUGCAAAAAAGUGCCAAUAUUCUUGCCUGUCAUUUGGUUGAUACAAAAAGCAUUAUUAUUUUAACUGAUCCUGAUAACUGAAAGCAAUUUCUUAAGGUGUUUGUUGUACUUAUUUUUAAUGCACACUGUACAACUCCAUAGUGAGUUUUGUUGGGAAGGUGGCAUCCACCAGAAAAGCCAACUGUUGUCUGGAUUAAGCUGGUAUGCUACAAGAAACCGAAGUGGCAAGCAUUUUUUAUUCUUAUUAUGAGAUGUUACAAACAGUUGAUUGUUUUCGUUUAUGUACUAGCAGCAUACUAUCAAGAAUGUAUACAAACUUAUUUUUCAUUCUGAGGUUUCUCUGCGCCCCUUGAAUCUUAUCUGUUCCCCCUUCGAGAACAUUUUAAUAUGUGCACAAACAAUAUCCACUGUUACUUUACUGUAUUACUCAUUGUAACUUUUGUAUUUUGCUGUACAAUGUGUAAUCACAUUAUGGUCAUGAAUAUACAUGGACAAUCCUUGGAUUUCUUUUCUGUACAUACUUUAAAAUUGUUUUCAGAACAUUUUUAUAUUAUGGUGACACCGAUUCCUCCAAAGUUAUAAGUAAUGCUCAGAGUAAUUUAGUUUACUUGAUGUACAGUAUUUAUAAUGUCAAAUGCACUGUGGAAUUUUCCUUCAGAAUUUAAAAAAAAUAUCAUUUGUCAUUUAGUUGACAGUGCUGAUGAUUUGAGUGAAUGUAUCAAUUAUGUGUAAAAUGUGAAAUGCUGUGAAUGUCUACAGCUUAUGAGUCAUCAUUUCAUUUGCCAUAAUAUAGGGAUUUUGUUGCACUUUCUUUCCUCACCAAAUGUUUUUAGUGGGGUUUGUCUGUAUUAGUGUACUACCUUAUGUGUUCUUACAUAAAAAUUCCUAAUUAUUGUUUCAUUUUUUGUUUAAAUGAUUGAAACUAAAAAAAAAAACUUAAAAACAACUAUGCAGCAUUUGUAGAUGUUCAGUGUACAGGCUGCUUAUGAAUGAAUUACUUUUAUGAUUGCAUUUCACAAGAAGUCAACUGUGUACUCUAAAGUCAGCAUCAAACACUUAACUUAAGAAGAGAAAGUGUGGUACUGUUGCCAGGAAAAAGGAAACCAGAAAGAGAGAGAGAAUUCCCUUUAUGUGCAUUGCAUUCAUUUUUGUUUCUAUUAUCAAAAGAUUCUUACAUAAUACAUGUCGUGUGUGUGUGUGUGUGUGUGUGUGUGUGUGUGUGUGUGUGUGUGUGUGUGUGUGUGUGUGUGUGUGUGUGUGUGUGUGUUUUGGUGGAAUAACCAUCGAAUAUUUUAGUGUCCUUGGUCAGGAGAUAAAAGGCAAUAUUUCAAAGAAAGAUAGAGGAGUAUAGUUCUGUUAAGGGUUACCAUCUAUUUUUAUUUCUAUACUUAUUUGACUUUCGUUUCAGCUUUUAUUACCCUUGUUCAUCCACAUUGUUUAACACAGUAUUGUUAGGAAUUGUGUUUCGGGGAUAAAAUAAGAGUAUAAGAAAACAAUGGGAGGUACUUUCUCUGUGUUUGUCAGUCCUUCACACAGUGUUCUAUUUUUCUCAUUUGUCUGAUAUUGUAAGCUCAUAUAGGCAAGAAAUUUCUGUAACAUUAUUACAUUUCACUAAUUCAUAAAAUUAGUGAGAUUUAAAAAAUCAAUUUUGUCUCAGCGUAACUGAAAAAGUAAUGUUGGAACCACAUGAGGUAGAAGAGAAGACUGAAUCUCAAGCUUAAAAAAGAUAAAUGAGGAAGGAUAUCUUCAGUACUUGUCUGUCUUCUGGCCUUACUUUCUAAGUGACUUGUUCAGUAUUAACCUAUGUCACUUCUGUGUGUCUCUUCACACACAGUGUGAGAUGUAUUCGUGUUUCAAUGAAUAAGAAACCCCCUAAUGUAAAAGGCUGCUAAGUAACUUGUUGUGGCAUUUCACAAGUGUUACAAAAUGUGAUAGGUGUGAUCAUUUUAAUGAACACUAAGUAAUACUCCCUGAAUAGGUGACAGACCAGAUGGCAGUACCACAUUCAGUGAUAUAGAAAACAGUGUAUUAAAAUUCACCAAUUCUUUUUGGACUCAGAAACAGAAAUAUUUCUACUUGUUUUAUAACUUGGAAUGUAAUACGUUACAAAACUUAAAAAGUGAAAUUGUGCUCAUUGAAGACUUAAGAGAGGAGGCAGAGGAGAUAUUUACACAGUAAAAUUGCAGAACUUUGAGUUACGGAAAAUCACAUUCUCUGAAUGCACAUUUGGUUACAUUUCAUUGUUCUUCCUCACUUGAGGCAGAGUGAUGUGAUGCAGUGGUAAGAUACUAGAGCCUCAACUGAAGGAUCGCAGUUCAAAUCCCUAUCCGGCCUGCUAGCUGUACGUUUUCUAUGCUUUUCAUAAAUUGCUUAAUCUAAUGCUAAGGUGGUUCCUUAGAAAAGGAUGUGCUCCAUUUUCCACCUUAUCCUUCCCUAACCUCAAUUAGAGCUCAGUCUCUGAUGACCUUGUUGUCACAGGGGUGUUAAACAAUAAUCAUUCUUCCUUACUCAUAUUACUUCAGAAUACUUCUGACAUUGUGACACUGAAUCAUGAACGUCCAUUUCUUCAAAAAUAUAACGUGACUGUCAUCUCCGCAACAGGUGUAGUCUAGUGCAGCUGUGCUACAAUGUAAAUAGUACAGUCUGUGAUAGGUCCCUUACAAUUAAAAUCUGCAGAUUAUUCUGAAAACAUGUUCCAAAAUUUCACACUUGAAUCCAAAGAUUCUUAACAAAUUGCUUUUCCUCAGCUAUUCCUUUUGUUGCAAGUAUUAAAUUCCCUAUCAAAUACAUGACAAGGCUGGCUGAUUGACACAUCAGUUUGUUGCCCACAAAAUUCUAUUGCACGUUAAAGACAUCAGCUGUUUCCUGAGGUUAUCCAUUACUGAUCUUGUCUCCUUCCCAAAAAAUACAUAAAUUACGUGUCUACUGAUAGGCACCUACCUCCUAUGACCACAUUCGUAAUCACUCCUGUAAAUUAAUUCCCUCUGAAACAUCCUGUAACGGGAACCCAUACAAGUUGUCAGAGGAAAUGAUAGUGUUAAGAGUAGCAUGGCAUCCCCUUAUGCUAAAAUUUUGUUGAUUUGUUCUAAGCAAUUUUUGUGAAGUAUUGGGAUAGCCAUUUGUCAGCUCUCAGUCUCCACUAUGUGGAUUCAUAAUCAGUCAGGACUUAAACUACCUGCAGUCGUUUAAGUUGUGUAAAGAUAAGUUACCCAUUCUAGCCUCCAUUCACCUCUUAAGAGCAAUUAAACUAACCAGGAAACAGCAACAUAUGUAACUUUUACAUAUUGCCAAUGACUUAUAUUUUAAAAAUUAUUUUAAUGGGAUUGGAUAUGUGAUUGGAGAUGUGUCUGGUAAGUAAUAAUUUAUAAUUGCCUCACAUCCCACAAUGAACAAUUACACCCUCAAGGAGAUUUUUUUCCCUCUUUCCUGGUUUAAAAAAAUGGUUAGUUAACAGUACAUUUAUUUCUACCAGUAUAUCUUUUCAUGGACUGGAUUUUUUUAUGGUUGAUGUUUUUGAGACUGAUUAAUAGAAAAUAAAUUUCUGUUUGUACAGGCAAGAUGGCAAUUUCAGUUUCAUGUUGAAUAAAUAAAUGUGUGAUCUUGUCAUCCAUGUCUGGUUCAGUGACCUGUAGUCUUACUAGAAGUGCUUGCUGCCUAGACACUAAUCCUAUUGUUGUUGGAGUAAGUGUUUCUCAUUUUUGCAAGAUUGUUGCAGCUCUGACUACUACUAGGUUUGAUGUUGGCAUAUUACGCACGCCUGGGCACUUGGAGAAGUAUCUUACAUAUUUUUAUUGUGAAAUUGCAGUCAAUCUGUAUCAGGAGAAUAAACAGGUUUGUUUGAAUUAUGUGUAUAAUAGCUUUGAACAAAAUUUUAACUUUUUAUGUUUGCCUUUACCUACCAUUUUAAUCAUUUUGAAUAAUAUCUUAUCGGUAGUAAUUUAUGAUAUAACAUUGUUACUGCUCAUACAGAAAAAUAUAAUUGUAUGAUGGCUGUGAACAUAGUAGUUUGUAAUUCUUGUAAUGUAAUAAAAACCUUUAAACUAUUACAUUAUUGUUACAAUAUGUUGCUCAGCAGACUGUUUGUUAGUAUUUAUUUUAUGGAAUUAACUUUAAAUAUUUGUUAUAGCAGAGAAAUGUCUCUAUGAUUCAAAUCUAAACUAUUUUUUUACAUUCGUGCAGAAUAUUGAUUGAAAAUGAAAUACAAACCUUUUAAGUUUA